AAGGUGGAGUGGCCAUUGUUACUGUUAAGUCAGUCAUCAUUACGUGGAGGGUUUGCGGUACUCUGAAGGCGUGGGUGGACAUACAAAAUGCAAAGCGCAGGUAAGGCUGUGACUGAUGAGUAAGCCCGUGACGUGUAAAUUGCACAAAAAGGUAGGCUACUUCUGUAAAAAAGAGAAGAAAAAGGAAAGACUACAGCGACUGUGUCGGACAUUUAGGCUAGUCUAUAUUUGAUCAUAAAGAUCAGUGCACUGGCAUUUAAAAGGGGAAGUUACUGAGAUGUUAAAGGUAAGGUGAGGUGGAGCAACAUCAGUCCAAAGUGUCUCGUUGUGUUUAUUGGCCUGGUCUGUCGGUACCAACAUCAUCAACGCCAUGAUUCGUCUGCUGCGCGGAGCCCUGAUGCUGGGUGUCUGUGUCACAGCGCGAGUUCCAGAGAUGCUUGCUCCACCCACCAAGGUGAGGUUUGACUCUGUGGACUACAAAAACAUCCUGCGCUGGACUCCGCCCACCAACAGCACAUCGCUGCAGUACUACGUCCAGUGGAAGAUUUAUGGCGAGCCUCAGUGGGUGGACGUGGAUGACUGUCAGGGGAUCCAGAAGCAUCAGUGUGACCUCAGCGUCGUGACCUCUGACGCCCGAGAGUGGUACUACGCCAGAGUGCACGCCUCCUCCCUGCCCUCCAACAAAUCAGCCUGGGCCCUCUCCCCGAGGUUCAGCCCACGCUGGGACACCAUAAUCAGCCCUCCUGUACUGAAGCUGACCAUCACUGCGCAAGGGAUUGUGGUUCGUCUGAAGCCCCCCAGACUGCUUGUUCGGAAGAUGCACAGCAGUCUGCACUAUAACAUCUACCUCAUACACGCCAGUGGAGAAGAGGAGGUGUUUGAGAUGGACUGCUGUUCUAAAAAGUUGAUGCUGAAUGAGCUGAACCACAAGGCCGAAUACUGCCUGCAAGCCCAGACCAUGAUCCCCGACCAGGCCCAGAGUAGCGCUCGUGGCUCCGUGAAAUGUGUCACUAUGCUCUGAUCACACAGGGUCGCGAGGGGCUGGAGCCAAUCCCAGCUUACAUGGGGCGAAAGGCGGAUAGACAGACAACCACUCACAUUCACACCUAAGGACAAUUUUCGAGACACCAAUUCACCUUACCUGGAUGUCUUUCGAUGGUGGGACGAAGCCGGAGGAACCACGUGGGAGAACAUGCAAACUCCACACAGAAAGCCCAUGCUUCUCACUAUUUCUAUAAAUUGUUUGUUAAAAUAAAUACGUUGAGUAAGACAACUGCGUGCAGAUCACUGAUUAAAUCCUGCUGUGGUAAAAAUAAGAAAAGGGGGAAAAAGCAACUUAAUCCAUAAGAAUAUGUUACAAGUUUCUACUUUGUGCGAUAGUGCACAAAAUGCACAGCUGGACGUAUCGUCAGUGAGGGAAAGGUAACCUCUCUGCUGUAACAAAAGAUUACCAAAUGAGAAGUCAAGUAUCAGCUGUCGCAGGACAAUCGCCUGGGGCAGGUAGACAGAAAGAGGGAGGGAAAAUGAAACUCCUGGAGGAGAAAUCUUCGAGUUUCUCCACAAUGACUGUAAUUGCCUCUGUUCACCCCACCCUUUUCACUAUUUUUAGAUCUGCGACGGAUGUGUAGAACAGUGCCUUUUGGGCAGUUACUCCUUUGUGCGGUUCAUUAAUCUUAUCCGUCUCUAUCUCCAUUGUCUUCUCUUUGCUGUAGACAAGUCGACCGACAUGAUACCUUUAAUUCACCUUUAAUUAUGUCAUCGCUACCUCAACGGCCACAGCCAAAAACAUCUGUGCCAGUAAAAGUGAUGCACUUUAUCAUUGAUAGCAUUAAGGAUCUGACAUGUGGUUUGACCUGUGAAGGUAAACGUUUGACUUUCAGCCUCCAGGACUCUGUAACUGCACUGUUUCACUCAACAAGAGCUUUUUUUUAGUUAGAAAAAAAUGUGGAAAUGGCAAAAAUAAUUUACCUCAAGGUCCACUUGGCAGCUUUUUUCCCUAUAGUAGUCACAGAGCAAACUCUAUCUGCUGAUGAAGACCGUGAGAUGUGGUUCAAAACACAGUAAAAAGCUAGUGGGUGGACCUUGAGUAUAACUUAUUGUACAUGCAGAUUUUUUUUACAUUUUUUUCUGUGGUAGGCACAUGAUCCGAUAUACUUGUAUGUGUACAGAUAUGCUUGUAAGUAUAUGUGACCACAAUGUGUAUUUGUUUUUCCUCCAAUACAGCCACACUCAGGCUGGUUUGCAAAGCCGUAGACAUGAAGUCAACAAUUUAAUAUUUAAAAAAUAAUAUCCAGCCAUUCUAAAAUAUUUAAAAAUUCACAUGGGAUGAUUUAUUUUAGUUUUUACAAUAAUAUAUGUAUUGUAUUACAUUGCUCAGUUUGUCUUUUUUACUUUUUAUUAUUUUAUUGUAUGUAAUUACAGAAAUGAGUGAUUAAUUAUGUAAAACCAUAAUCAUAACCAUAUAAAGAGAAAACUAUGCAGAUAUAUGAAGACGAGUCCAGAUUUUGUGGCCAAGGUUCAGCAAUCUUUUAUUUACAUAUUUACAAGUACACCCAACUUGAGUGGGCAGUCGGGGUGUUUGCUAACCUAAUGUAUAAACCACUGCAGUCAUUGGCUUCUUUUCAAUUAUUAAAAAUUGUUAUUCUAGCUUUUCUUCAUGCAGUAUUUUCUC